UCCAGGACAUCACGAAUGGCUCCUAAAAGAGAACCCUCCAUUAAGAAGUCUCCUUCACCAGUGAGUCAGCCCAGACUGGGUCCUCCGUACCCCUGCCUCCCUACGACUCCUGCGGCUCCAAAAUCAGCUCCGGAGCAGAAACCAAGGAUGCUGCGCCCCUCGGAUACACCGUUUGACCCCAGUACUUUGGAGUCUGAAUUCACGGAAGAUCAAAUCCUUGAGUUUAAGGAGGCAUUCCUGCUGUUCGACAGGACAGGAGAUGGGAAGAUCAGCUUCAGCCAGUGUGGGGAUGUCAUGCGUGCCCUGGGACAGAACCCUGUCAACGCUGAGGUGCUCAAAGUCCUUGGUAACCCCAAGGCUGAGGAGAUGAACCACAAGAUGCUAGACUUUGAGCAGUUCCUGCCCAUGUUCCAGGCCAUCGCUAAAAAUAAAGAUCAGGGCUCCAUGGAGGAUUUUGUGGAGGGAUUGCGUGUCUUCGACAAGGAGGGCAACGGCACAGUAAUGGGAGCAGAGCUUCGUCACGUCCUCACCACAUUAGGUGAGAAAAUGACAGAGGAGGAAGUGGAGACGCUCUUGGCGGGCCAUGAAGAUGCAAAUGGCUGCAUCAAUUAUGAAGAACUCGUCAGGAUGGUGAUGAACGGGUGAAGACGAAGUGCAUCCCGCUGUUUUUUUAUCCUGUCACACAUACCCUCUUUUUGCAGUUAGCUUCUACAGUCCCCCUUUAGCCUUUUCCAUGGAUUAGUUCCACCUUUAAUUUAAUAAGUGCCUUUACAUUCCUAAAAGAAACACAAAUGGCUCUGGCUAUUGCUGUCGGGUCCAUUCACACAUAUGACCAACUUGUAUGCAUUCAGGAGUCUUACAUUGUGCUUGCAUAGUUUGCAAUAACAUUCCAAGAUGCAGCACUUAAGAUGACACAAAUUGAUAAUGAAAUACUGUAACUAUUGAUAGCAGUGUAUUAAAGUUGGAUGGGACAUUAAUAUAUAUACGUAAAAUCUGUCUGCGACUUACUGUAUCAUUGGCUAAGACGUGCUUUGGCUGAAGAACUUGUUCCUCCUCAGAUUCUGCAGAUAAGCAGUAUAGUCAAAGCCAUACCGUCAUAAGGUAGAAAGAGACAUUUCAAAUGGGUUCCCAUUGUUUUAAUUCACCCCAAUUUUGUUGCUAAAUAAAUGUGUUUCCUGAAAAAAUG